AUGGAGAAAUUAGAGAAUAUGUUCGCAGCCUUCAUGAAGCUCAGCAUCCCCACCGUGGCAGCCAUCUGCGGGCACGCGGAGGCGAUCGCCUUCACGCUUGCUCUGGCUCACGAUUACCGCUUCAUGAGUACGCAGGGGUCCUCCCACCUCUACAUGUGCGAGCUCGAUCAUGGCUUCAACAUCCCCAAGAGUAUGCUAGCCUUGAUUCGUAGCAAGCUGCACCCUGCAGCCCUGCGCGAUGUGGUCCUAGGCGGCACCAAGCUCAACGCCCAGAUGGCCUUUCAGAAAGGGAUUGUGGACGCCGCUUUCGACGACUCGGUGGGGACUUUGCAGGCGGCGGUUAAGGAGGCAGAGAAACUGGCGGUCAGGGGAUGGAACAGGGAGAUCUACCGUAGCUUCAUGUUCCCUAUCGCAUGCUCGCUUCCUAUAACUUCUGAUGCCCACCUUCAAUCUUGCCCAGAUUUCUAUAAGCGAACAAUAAGCAUUUGGAUAAUAAAUAUUGUAUAA